AUGAUGAUGCUUGCCCUGGGAGCUCUUUCUCUGAUCUUCUAUCGCGCGAAGCAUCCUAGCAUUGUUCCCUGUAUGAUCGUUGGUCUAGUUGUCGGCGGCACCGGCUUGAACGAAAAGAUGAAGCUCAGUCAGGACGUGAUUGUGCAUGUGCAGGAACUGGGGAUGGUUUUGGUUCUGUUCUUCAUCGGCUCAGCCGUGGACGUGCAUGCAUUCUUCAAGUACCGCAAGAUAGUCAUUAUCGUCGGUCUCUGCAUGCUCGUGAUGAACCUUGGCAUGUUCUGCCUCAUUGGGGGCCUCGGCCUCAGUCAUCGAGGAAUCACAAUUUUCGUGUUUGCAGUCGCAUGCUCCAUUCCUUCUCAGACCAUCAUCGCCAACACACUCAGCUCUGAUCACUCUGAGCUCACACUGCAUGGUAAGAUCCUCAAGGGAGUCGCCCUCAUGCUUACCUCCCUCUGCGUUCUUUUCAUGACCUUCCUGCAAGCAUACCUUGAGAGCUUGCAGACGACAUCUUGCGACGCCAGCAGGCGAUACAGCAGCGACUGCUCCUCGCGCCGAGAGGUCACCGCCACCGCAUCUUCAGCGACGGAACCAUCCACAGAAUCCGAUGCAUACUUCUACAGCCACAUUGGAGCUGAGAUCGGGAAGCAGAUCGGGUUAAUGUUUGCGGUGGGAGCUGUGAUAGCUUUGCUGUCACGAUAUGCACUAGAAAGAGUUUUCCGCUUCUUCACCGUGGACGGAGAAAUGCUCUUUAUUGGUACGGUUGCGUACAACCUGGGAACAGCAGCGAUUUGCACCCUCAUCGGCUUCUCCCCCUGGGUGGGAAGCUUCAUUUCUGGGCUAAGCGUUUCCCAGCUCACUCAGCGCAUGCAAAUCGAGAGCAAGAUCGACUCAUUCAAGUCGUUCAGCGUCUACAUCUUCCUCUUCAUGGCAUGCAUCAACGUCCGCGUCACAGGUGACAGACUGGCUGACAUUAUGGGCAAGUCCUUCUUGGUUUCAAUCUGCGGCAUCAUCUUCACUCCCUGCUUCGUGUGGCUCACGGGGUUUCUUAUCGGGCUCAAAGCCAGGACGCUCUUCUUUAUUGGAAACUCUCUGAACCAGGCGUGCCUCAUGCAGUUCCUUGACCUCUGA